UUUUAUUUUAUUUUAUUUAAGGGUUCGUUUCCAUGCAAAACCGAGGGAUUUCUGACCCUCGGACACGAGUUCUCAGGAAUUGUGCAGGCAGUGGGUCCCAUGGUGAAGAACAUUAAAGUCGGUCAGAAGGUAGCGGUGGACCCUAACAGCGGCUGCAACACGUGUACUUAUUGCCACGAAGGGACUUACCAGCACUGCAGCGCAGGUGGCAUAAACAAUACCAUUGGAAUUUUCAGAGACGGUGGAUUCUCAACGCACGCAGUCGUACCCGAGAGCCAGGUUCACAUAGUACCAGAUGGCAUUGAGCUACACCAAGCAGCCCUUACAGAGCCUCUUUCGUGUUUGGCCCACGGAUGGAAAAGACUGAACGGAGUCGACGUUGGUAACAGAGUCCUCAUAAUCGGAGCUGGAAUCAUUGGUCUCUUAUGGACCUGCAUGAUGCACCUGCGUGGUCUCAGGAAAACCGUGACGAUCAGUGAACCUCAAGAGAAACGACGAAAGAUGCUAUCAAAUCUAGAUUUGGGCUUCGAUGCGAAAUCUCCUGACCAAUUAAAAGACAGUUACGAUCUAGUAGUGGACUGUAGUGGUUCAGCGCCUGCUAUCCAAGGUGCCAUACCAUUGUUAGCGCCAGGUGGCCGCUUAUGCGUGUUCGGUGUCGCUAAUCCUCAAGCGAAAUUCAGUAUCGAACCAUUCCAGAUUUACAUGAAGGAGCUGACGAUCUUAGGAGUGAAUAUAAAUCCGUUCUCAUUCCCGAAGGGACUGGGUUUGUUGCAAGCGAUGGCUGAAAAGUACAUCCAGUACGAUAAAUUAGGUAUUAAAGUAUUCGCGCUGUCCCAAUAUCGCGAGGCUAUCGAAGCCCUCAAACGCGGGGAGAUCAGUAAAGCUGUGUUCAAAAUGUAA